UUGAUUGCAAAAGUGAGCACUCGGCCUCGUCAAACUCACCCUGAGUCAAUCUCUGGCUACGUUCCUUCCUGUAUAGCUUCGUGUUGGUGUUCCCUUUCCUGUUUCCCUUUCGCGGGAUCUACUUCCCUUGCAAUUGUGCUCCUCUCCCUAACCCCAAUAUCCCUAUCUCGCAGUUCUAGGUGCUGACAGAAACCCGGCGCCGCUCCUUCAAUGGAAUAUGGGUCCUGAUCAACAUGCUCAAUUGGAUGGCUUCAGUCUCUUUCUUCCCUUCCCCUCACGCGUGGCAGUAAUUCUACUGGCUGGGUUCUGGGGAUGGGGUGCCAAUCUGCAGUUUCUCUCAAAAGCGAAUAUUGAUGUUCCUUCUCUCAUUCGAUACCCCCACCGCCAGUCGCCGGGCCAGCAGCCCCAUUACGCCUCUGCCUAUCGCUUAGCCACUCUCCUGACCGUACCUCUCGUGAUAUCCCUCCUCAUCUUCUGGCCCGUCACCCACGGUUCUAGACAACGUGUUGAGUCAUUGGAUUUCAUCCCGCAAUCAUACUUCUUUAUAGCUGCAGUAAUUCUGAUUCAACCCUUCCUACGGGUCGCGCGCUCCGGACGGUUCCGUCUGUUCACAACCUUUAGGCGCAUCUGUGUCGGGGGAUUGGCGCAGCCACAAGAUGGUAAAUUUGGCGACAUCCUCCUGGCUGAUGCCCUGACAAGCUAUGCCAAAGUACUGGGAGACUUGGUAGUCUCCUUCUGCAUGUUCUUCACCGGAGAUCUCACGAGCACGUCGAAGCCGAAUCGCAAAUGUGGGAACGAUUACCUCAUCCCCACCAUCAUUGCUAUUCCCAGUAUCAUACGACUUCGUCAAUGCCUCAUCGAAUUUUAUCGUGUGUGGCGGGGUGGCUACAAGAAUGGGAACACUGGGGGACAGCAUCUGGCCAAUGCCUUGAAAUAUGCCACCGCAUUUCCCGUCAUUAUGCUCACGGCCAAAUUGAGGAACUACAACCCCCUGGAGUUCUACGGAUUCAGCGAGACUGGCCUCUUACGACUCUUGUUUCUUUGCACACUUAUCAACUCUGCAUAUUCCUUUUACUGGGACGUUACCAAGGAUUGGGAUCUGACUCUGCUCUCGCCCUUGCGUGACAGCCCCGAGUAUCCAUUUGGUCUCCGCCGCCAUCGCUUUUUCACAGAUCGUCAGUACUACCUGGCCAUCGGUAUCGACCUGACCAUCCGCUUCUCGUGGCUCUCGAAAUAUGUGCCAGGUUUCGUCUGGCUAAGUGACACGGAAUUCGGAUUUUUUGUUCUCAUGUUCCUCGAGGUUGCACGCCGAUGGAUGUGGAUCUUCCUCCGCGUAGAGACCGAGUGGAUCAGGAACAACCGUGGCCCAGCCCCGGAUGAUAUCUUGCUUGGCGAGUUCAGCGGCAAGCGGGACGCUGACUGAUCAAGCCGGUCUAGGUGCCUUUUCGAUCGUGCUCGACUUAUAUAUAUAUGUAUCUAUCUAUAGACUUCUACAUUUCAAGUAUUUCC